AUGAAGUUUCUCGCUCUUGCAGCGCUCUUCGCGAGCACAGUCAGCUCAAUUGCAGUUGAUGGCCUCAUUCCUGGCGCAAGGGUCAUCCCUGCUAACGACGUGGUAGCCCUGAAGAAGGUUGGGGCUGACCAUCACAAGCAUCCCCACCGUCGCACAGUGAUCAUCCGCCCCUCUUGCAAUGAUAAGGACGAUGUCUCUGCCGACUUCCUGCUGUUGCUGCAAAAGGGGAAGAAGUAUGUCAUCGGCAAGAAGCUUGAUCUGACCUUCUUGAAGGAUAUCGAGGUUCAAUUGGACGGAGAACUAAAGUUCACCAAUGACGUGCCCUACUGGCAAGCAAACAAUUUCUAUUAUGACUUCCAGAAGUCAAUUAGCUUCUGGCGCUGGGGUGGCGAGGACAUCAAGAUCUUUGGUUCGGGGACACUGAACGGCAACGGACAGCGCUGGUACAACGAGUUUGCUGGACAAGAGAUUUUGGAUCCCAACAACAAGUACUAUCGGCCCAUCCUCUUCGUAACUGAGAACGCCACCCGGGUCUCGGUCGAAGGCAUUACGCAGCUCAACUCUCCCUGCUGGACCAACUUCUUCGUCCGCACCAAAGACAUCUCGUUCGACAACGUUUUCAUUCAUGCCUUCUCGACCAAUGCAUCGGCUCUCCCCAAGAACACCGAUGGCUUCGACACGCUCAACGUCGAUGGAUUGACUGUCACCAACACUCGGGUCGAUAUUGGUGACGACUGCCUCUCGCCGAAGCCCAACACUACCAAUGUCUUUGUGCAGAAUCUCUGGUGUAAUGGCACACAUGGAACGUCGAUGGGGAGUAUCGGCCAGUAUCCCGGAGUCAUGGAUAUCAUCGAGAAUGUUUGGAUUGAGAACGUAACCCUGCUAAACGGUGAAAACGGUGCUCGUCUCAAGGCAUGGGCCGGUCCCAAUGUGGGCUAUGGCCGCAUCAACAACGUCACUUACAAGAACAUCCACGUCGAGAACACCGACAAUCCUAUUGUCCUGGAUCAGUGCUACUUCAACAUAAACGCUACGCAGUGUGCUGCCUACCCUUCCCGCGUGAAUUUCACAAACAUUGUCUUUGAGAAUAUCUAUGGAACCUCGUCUGGAAAACACGGCAACGUCGUGGCUGAUCUGACCUGCUCGCCUAGUGCCGUGUGUUCUGGGAUCAGUCUUAAGAACAUCCACCUCACCAGUCCUUCGGGUAGCCCGCCAGUCAUUGUCUGUGAUGGAAUUCAGGGGGACAUUGGAGUUGAAUGCCAAGAGCAGGGUAGCGGCAAGACAACACUUCUCGAGCAUAUCCUUCAGUCUCCAGACCAUGGACUGCGCAUUGCCGUUGUGGUCAAUGAUAUGAGCAAGCUGAACAUUGAUGCUGCUUUGAUCACUCAUCACAAGGUGUCUCAGACGAAGGAAAAGCUUAUCCAGCUCCAAAAUGGAUGUAUCUGCUGCACACUGCGUGGGGACCUGCUCUCAGAGCUUGCUCAUCUCGCGCGCCAAAAGGAAGUGCAGUACGUUGUCAUUGAGAGCACGGGCAUUAGUGAGCCGAUGCAAGUAGCAGAAACAUUCACGGCCGAGUUCAGCACUGCAAUGCUGCAGGCGGAUCAGGAGAUGAUGCCACUUUACCAAUGCUUGUCCUUCCGGUUUUCGGAUCUGACAGCCAAUAGUGUCAAUCUAGGAGGCCUUCACACACUGGCGAGACUCGACACCACGGUGACUGUUGUCGAUGCAUUCAAUCUUCUUUCCAACUUUGACACCGCCGAGUUCUUGUCAGAUAGAUACGGAUCCAAAGAAAUUAUCCCAGAGGAUGAGCGUACCAUCUCCGACCUCAUGGUGGACCAGAUUGAAUUCGCAGAUGUUCUCAUCAUCAACAAGAUCGAGACUGUGGACGAGAAUACCCGAGCAAGGAUCAGGAGAUUGUUAAAGACGCUCAAUCCCGAAGCCAAAGUUCUGGAAACGAGCUACUCCCGUGUCGAUGUGAAAGAGAUCCUGGACACGGGGAGCCUGCAUGAAAUGGCAAUCCAGAAUACUGGAAAUGGGCAGAGAAUGGCUCCGAAGCCGGAGACCUUGGAAUAUGGGAUCAACAACUUUGUAUAUACCGCUCGUCGUCCCUUUCAUCCUCGUCGACUCUUCACCCUUCUUCAUGAUAAGUUUAUCCUGCUGCAAAACAAUGAAGCCGAGGAAGAUGAUGAGGAAGGGGAUGAGGAAGGGGAUGAGAAAGAAGAUGCAGACGAAGGAGAAGAAGAGGAAGAAGAAGACGACAAUAUGGAAGUAGACGAAGACGAUGAUGAUGAUGACGAAAGUAUCUCCGACUUUGACCAGCCAGACCCGUCCGAGAUCCUGAAGAACAAGCGCAACCAUCCCGCGUUCGGCUCCGUUCUUCGCUCCAAAGGCUUCUUCUGGCUGGCGACAAGACCUUUCCAAUUCGGAGAAUGGAGCCAAGCGGGUGGCAUGCUGACGAUUGGGUGCGGCGGGCCAUGGUUCGCAGAAGUGCCAGACGAGGCGUGGCCUGAGGAUCCAGACGUCCGGAAAUCCAUUGAGAAUGAUUUCCAAGAACCAUGGGGAGACCGAAGACAAGAAAUCGUAUUCAUCGGCGAGGGAAUCAACACUGAAAUGAUAACAAAAUUGCUGGAUGAGUGUCUCGUGGAUGACGAUGACAUGGGCCGGUGGGCAAAGAUCAUGAACAACGAGAGACUGUCUUACCGGCAAAAAGAGGAGAGGUUGGGAAAGCUAUGGGAAGAUGGCUGGGAGGCAUGGCCUGAGUUUGGCAUUGUGGAUGAAGACGAGGAAGACAACAAGGAGGGAGGGAAGAAGAAGCACAAACACCACACCAGCGAGUAUCUGGGACAUGCCCACUCCCACUCCCACUCCCACUCCCACUCCCACAAAUAA